AUGGAUAUGGGCGGGGAUGUUAAGCUCACCCGAUCCCUGGCCUCUUAUUUGGCUCGCGUUUCCUGCCCAGCCCUGCCCUGCCCUGCCCUGCCCUGCCCUGCCCUGCCCUGCCCAGCCCAGCACAGCCCUAACCUGCCCAGCCCUGCCCUGCCCUGCCCUGCCCUGCCCUGCCCAGCCCAGCACAGCCCUAACCUGCCCAGCCCUGCCCUGCCCUGCCCUCCCUGCCCUAACCUGCCCAGCCCUGCCCUGCCCUGCCCUGCCCUGCCCAGCGCAGCCCUGCCCAGUCCUGCCCUGCCCAGCGGGACGCGAACCCGCACCGCCCGCACCGCGGGAGACCGCGCCGACCGCUCGGCUAGAGGGAUUAAAGAAUGGGUGGAUCAGAUGCAGAGAGAGCUGGUAACUCUGGCAGACACAGCCAGCGCUGGGAAAAGUCUUACCCAGAUUUUUCUGGAAAACCAGAACCUCUACAGUGUGGAGCCAAAUGACGCAGAGGAGCUGGUGGCCAGAGCAGCAACCAACAUCGAGCAGCUGCUGCGGAAGAGGUCUGCUGCCCUGGAGAAACUGGCUACUGCUGCCGAGAGCUUCCAGAUGGAGCAUCAGUGGAGGGAUGAAUUUGAGGACGGCGACAUUGCUUACUACAACGCAAAGGACAACCUGGAAGCAAAUGAGACGGAGGGAAGAAAGAACAGGAUCAAACCCGACUUUAAAGAGGACCCGUCGUUUAAACGGCUGACUGAUAACAACCACACGGCCGUACACAUCCCGACCGACAUCUAUGAUGGCUCCACCAUCGUACUGAAUGAGCUGAACUGGACAGAGGCCCUGGAAGACGUGUUUAAGAAGAACAGGGAAGAUGACCCUACCCUGCUCUGGCAGGUGUUUGGUAGCGCUACGGGCUUGGCUCGCUACUACCCAGCCUCUCCCUGGAUGGAUGCUCGCAAGACCCCGAGUAAGAUUGAUCUGUAUGACGUACGCAGGAGGCCAUGGUACAUCCAGGGAGCCGCCUCACCCAAAGAUAUGCUAAUACUUGUUGAUGCGAGUGGGAGUGUGUCGGGCCUGACUCUCAAGUUGAUCCGGACCUCUGUCUGUGAGAUGCUGGAGACGCUGUCUGAUGAUGACUAUGUCAAUGUGGUUUAUUUUAACACCAUAGUGAAAAAAACGGCGUGUUUCGAUCAUCUGGUCCAGGCCAACGUCAGAAACAAGAAGCUUCUGAAAGAUGCGGUCCAGAACAUCACCGCCAAGGGAAUCACCAACUACACCAAGGGCUUUGAGUUUGCUUUCGAGCAGUUGUCUGCGACUAAUGUAAGCCGAGCCAAUUGCAACAAGAUUAUCAUGCUGUUUACUGAUGGCGGCGAGGAGCGGGCCCAGGCCAUACUGGAAAAAUACAAUGCCGAUAAAAAGGUGAGAAUCUUCACUUUCUCUGUUGGCCAGCACAACUAUGACAAAGGACCCAUCCAGUGGAUGGCCUGCGCUAACAAAGGUUACUUCUAUGAGAUUCCCUCAAUCGGCGCUAUCAGAAUAAACACACAGGAGUACCUGGAUGUGCUGGGAAGGCCGAUGGUUCUGGCAGAUCAACAGGCUAAACAAGUUCAAUGGACAAACGUUUACCUUGAUGCUCUGGAACUGGAUCUCGUCAUUACAGGAACUCUACCGGUCUUUAACAAGACAAAGACGAAAAAUGACAGGAAUGAAGAGCACCAGAAUCAGUUGAUCCUUGGAGUAAUGGGGAUCGACGUGUCUCUGGAUGACAUCAAGAAGCUCACGCCACGCUUCACAAUUGGUCCCAAUGGAUACUACUUUGCUAUUGAUCCCAAUGGCUAUGUCCUACUCCACCCCAAUCUCCAGCCAAAGAACCCUAAAUUCCAGGAGCCUGUCACCCUCGACUUCCUGGAUGCUGAGCUGGAGAAUGACAUCAAAGUGGAGAUCAGGAGGAAGAUGAUAGAUGGCGAGAUAGGUGAACAGACCAUCCAAACACUGGUGAAGACACGGGACGAGAGGUACAUAGACAGAGGAGUCAGGACCUACACCUGGGGACCGGUGAAUGGAACAGACUACAGCCUAGCCCUGGUACUGCCGAAAUACAGCGAGCACUUCAUUCAGGCGAAAUUGGGGGAUGACAUAAAACAAGCAAUGUCUUCUUCUUGGGGAGAAGAAGCCAUGGAAACCAUACAGUUGGGGAGGUUUGACGAGUUUGGUCACACCUUCAUUGCUCCUCGAGAGUACUGCAAGGACCUAAAGCUGUCAAAGAACAACACAGAGUUCCUUCUUGACUUCAACCAGCACAUUGAUAGAAACACCCCAAAUGCAUGUAAUGUCUCCUUGGUGAGCAGACUGAUCUUGGAUGCAGGGCUGACAGCUGAACUGGUUAAACUUUGGAAGGAGCAGACACUGGAUGGGAUUGCAGCCAGGUUUGUAGCCACGGACGGCGGAAUCACCAGGGUCUAUCCCAGAAGUGCUGGCGAGGAGUGGACUGAGAAUGCUGAAACUUACGAGUCAAGCUUCUACAAGAGGACCCUAGACAAUGAAAUUUAUAUUUUUACUGCUCCGUGUUUCAACAAUGCAGAAAGCAGGGAGUCUGGUUAUGAGUCUGGUAUUCUGGUGAGCAAGGCUGUGGACCUCAGCAUCGGUGAAGUCAAGCUCAAACCAGCAGUGGUAGGAGUAAAACUCAAUGUUACAUACUGGAUGAACAGCUUCAUGAAUGCAACAUUAAAAGCGAAUUGCAAGGAUGAAAUCUGUGGAUGUCUGAGAAAUGAUAAGUAUGUUGACUGUGUCAUCCUUGAUGAUGGCGGUUUCCUUCUCAUGUCCAAUCAGGAUGAGUAUAUUGCUCUGAUAGGUCAGUUCUUUGGCGAGGUGGACCCUGUUCUCAUGAUCAACCUGGUCAACACUUCUCUGUACUCCUUUAACAAGACCUAUGAUUACCAGUCGAUCUGCGACCCGGAGAAAGACAGCAAGGCAGCAGCGGGGCCUCGCUCAGUCUAUGUGCCUACCGUAGCUGAGGUGCUCAGUAUCGGCUGGUGGGCAUCCAGUGCUGCCUGGUCAGUACUCCAGCAGCUCCUUUUCGGUCUUCUCUUCCCCAACCUUCUAGAGGCAGUGGAGUCCGCAGAGGAGGACAUAUCAGACGCCAUGUUUAAGGAGAGCUGCAUCACAGAGCAGACGCAGUAUUUCUUUGACAACGACGAAAGAUCGUACGCAGGUGUACUGGACUGUGGAAACUGCUCGAGGAUGUAUCGCGCUGAGAAGCUGCCCAACACCAACCUGGUGUUCCUGAUCACCGAUGCCAGGGCGAUGUGUUUGUCAUGUGACCCCAGACCGCUACGACAGGCCGAACAGCCCUCUGAGGGCCCGGAUCCAUGUGAGCUGGCUCAGAACCCCAGGUACAGGAAAGGACCGGAUGUGUGUUUUGACAACGAUGAAAAUGAUGAGCCCCUUUGUCCAAUCAGCAGAGGCUCUGGACUGAGUCCCACCCUGCCCUUGCUGGUAAUGGUGUUGAUGCUGAGCUCAGGGUUAGUGUCCCCGCACAACUUCACUCUUGCUGUUUUGAAAGUAGCUGCUAACCACAAGUCGGUGUGUGGAUACUCAUUGGAUCUGGGUCAUGGCAAUGACAAUCGGACUGAGCAAUAA